UCAUAGCAAGGCUGACAAAGGAGAACCAAGAAAUCUGGAGAAGAAGAUUGUCCCAGAAUUGUCUGCUGAAGGAGAGAAUUCUAGCUAAAGAAUCACCCAGCCAGAUGAUCCAAGAAUCAAGAAUCACGAUGGAUCUUCUUCCUACCUUAUCCAUGGAGACAUGGUUCAUGGUGGUGCUUUUGAUGGGACUUCUUCUGCUGUAUGGAGUUUGGCCAUUUCGAAUUCUCCGCAAAGUGGGGAUUGAUGGUCCAACCGUAUUGCCAUUCUUUGGGACAAUCUUGAAUAACCGCAAAGGAUUUGUGAAAUUCGACAGUGAGUGCUUCAAUAAAUAUGGGAAGAUUUGGAGACUUUAUGAAGGCCGUCAACCUAUUAUUGCUAUACUGGAUCCUGCAGUUAUCAAGGCCGUCCUAGUGAAAGAAUGCUACAGUACUUUUACCAAUCGGCGUCCUUUCCCUGCACCAAACCUCCUAAAAAAUGCAGUCUCUAUGGCCCAAGAUGAACAAUGGAAGAGAAUUCGCACCGUGCUCUCUCCCACUUUCACCAGCGGGAAGCUGAAGGAGAUGUUUCCCAUCAUUAAACACUACGGGGAGAUUCUAAUUCAAAACAUUCAGAAGAAAAUGGAAAACGAUGAGCCCAUACAUAUGAAAGACGUCUUUGGAGCCUACAGCAUGGAUGUGGUCACCAGCACUUCAUUCGGGAUAGACGUCAACUCCAUGAACAAUCCCAAAGAUCCUUUCGUCACACAGAUCAAGAAGCUAACUAAGUUCAGAGCUUUUGACCCACGACUCAUUCUUGCAUUUAUGUUCCCAAGUCUCAUGACAAUUUUCAGGAGCCUGAACAUAAGCCCUUUUUCGCGGGAGGCUCUGAACUUCUUCACCGAAUCUUUUUCAAAAAUGAAGGAAUCGCGACUGAAGGAAGGCGAAGGGAGCCGGAUGGAUUUCCUCCAGAUGAUGAUUGCCUCCCAAAACAACAACAAGGGCUCCAUAAACAAUAACAAAAACUCUACGAGCAAUGGACUGGAUCACACAUAUAAAGGCCUGACUGAUAAUGAAAUUCUAGCCCAGGCGUUUAUCUUCGUUUUUGCUGGAUAUGAACCCACCAGUAAUUCUCUUAGUUACAUGGCCUACAACUUAGCUACUCAUCCAGAUGUUCAGCAGAAGCUGCAAGAGGAAAUAGAUGCUAUUCUACCAAACAAGGCACCUCUUACCUAUGAGGCCAUCAUGCAGUUGGAAUACCUUGACAUGGUGCUGAAUGAAUCCCAAAGGAUCUAUCCUCUCGGAGGGCGUAUUGAAAGGAUUUGCAAGACGGAUGUUGAAAUCAAUGGGAUGACCAUUCCCAAAGGCACCGCGAUGAUGAUCCCACCCUUCGUUCUGCACCGGGUUCCUGAAUACUGGCCGGAACCAGAAGAGUUCAGACCUGAGAGGUUCAGCAAAGAAAACAAAGAAAACAUUGAUCCCUACACAUACCUCCCCUUUGGAGCUGGACCCCGGAAUUGCAUCGGAAUGAGAUUUGCGUUGGUCACCAUGAAAGUUGCUAUUGCCGCCAUUAUGCAGCGCUUCUCCUUUAGAGUCUGCAAAGAAACACCGAUUCCUCUGGUCAUGAGCAACCAAACAUUUUUAGUUCCAAAGAAACCAAUCGUUUUGAAGUUAGUCCCACGAUAAGGUUGGCUGAGAAAGUGAAGAAUCAUCCCUGCAGCGGAUGCAACAGUUUUUGGGCUUUGUCAACUGCAGAAUGUUGCCACAGAACUUUGGAAGAAAACCAUUGAAAUAGUCUUAAGUAGCUUUGGAGAGAUGCUUUAAGUAGCUCUUAUAAGGUUGAAAUCAUAACAAUGCACUUGAUAGGUGGAGGAGAUGUUAAUAUUUGUUGUUGUUAUUGGUGAUGAUGAUGUAUAACUUGAUAUCUUGCAUAUUUUUGAUUUAUAAAUUAAGCCAGUGAUGAAUCCAGUUAGCAAAUCCAGACUGCAUAUGUUCAUGAGUUGGACUGUUCUUAUCACCAUCAGAAUUUGGAACUUUUCACCCAGAAAAAUCAAUUGAUUUUUUUCCUCUAAUAUCUACUGAUAUCAUCAAUAUGUAAAGAUGAUCUCAUUCAGCCUCAGAGAGUCUGGAAACAGUGGCUAGAUGGGAGCUUUCAUUUGAAGGAAUCUGUACCACUGAUGAAUUUUAAUGGUGUUUUAACUCAUCAUUAAAUGGCUUGGUUUGCAUUUUGUUGUACUUUUGUUUAAUUAGCCAGCCCUCCUUGCCUUUCUUGGCAGAAAAUACCUAAUUUCAAAAACAAGCAAGCAUGUAAAAUAUAGAUAUAUGAGAUAAAUAAAGGAUGUUUUUCACUUG